GCCCAGUUGUACGAUUAUCUACCCAAAACAUUAUUGUCAGUGACAACUGACAUGUAAUAACUACAACAAAAAUGAUCGAGACUCUACACUUAUAAAUCAAAUCAACCAAUCCAAACAAUUCAAUCUUCAUACUUCAGGUAAAAAUGGCGGAAACAAGUACGAAAUCAUCUACUGCAGAUGUCGAAGCUGAAAUGAGCCAUCAGCAUUCUAUUGAAAUAGUUGCAGCGUCUCCGCCACCACCACCACCACGGCUGCUGCCCCCACCAGCUCCACCACUGCCUCCGCGGACAAGGAAUCACCGCAACCUCUGGGGGAUUAUUGGUGAUAGAAGUUUGAGUAAUCCAGAUUCGUCGGAAAAACGAAGCCAUCAUUCGAUCAAGAUGCCUAAGACGCCACCACAGGCGCCACCGUUGCCACCUAAGUCUGGUCCAAGAAAGCCUUCUAUAAUCUACCUUUCAGAGGAUCAAAGAGAAAAUUAUAUUGAUAUAUGUGUUCCUGUGUACAAUGCCGCGAUAAAAGGCGACUGGCAUGCUGCUGAGAAAAUCAUCAGAGGUUGUCCGGAGGUGAUAAACACUAGCAUCACAAAGAGACAAGAUACUGUUCUUCACAUUAUAUCAUCAACAAAACACACUCACUUUGCGGAAAAGCUGGUGAACUUGAUGAAACCUGAGGACUUGGAACUUCAAAAUGGACUGGGGGAAACCGCUCUGUGCUUAGCAGUAGCUUCAAAUGUUAAGAUGGUUCGCAUUUUGCUGAAAAAGAAUAAUGGCCUCCUAAGGAUACGUAAAAAUGGUGACUUGCCGUUCAUGCUUGCAGUUCGGUAUGGAGAUAAGCACAUGGUUGAAUACAUUUAUUCAGAGACUAACAUGGAUGAUGAGAAGUGGAAUUACUUGGAUCAGAAACGUAUACUGGAAUCUUGCCUUUCUUUAGGCCUAUUUGAUAUUGCACUAAAGAUAUUUAAACACUGCAAGGAUGAUCACAAAAUAGAAACAGAUAUACUGGGAUUUUUGGCUAAUAGUCCUUCUGCAUUUGACGGAACAUUGGGCCCUGCUCUUAGAAGACUCUUGCAUCCAAUAUUCCCCGGAAGCAAUGAUGACUCAAAAGUGGCUGCAAUAGUCAGGUUAAUAUGGAGGAAGAUUAUUAAACAGAAGUACGAAGACAUAUGGAAGCUAGUUUCUAGCCAGCCAUUGAGUGAUAAAGAUGAAGGGUUUCUAUUUGCAGCUGCUAGAUUGGGAAACCAUAAAUUCAUUAGGGAGCUCCUUAAGUUGUAUCCUGACAUUACAUGGGGAAGAGAUGGCAAUAAACACACAAUAUUUCACAUUGCAGUUACACAUCGCCGUGAAAAUGUGUACAAUUUGCUUUAUGACCUUGGCUCAAAGAAGUUCGCGUUAAAAGACAAUGAUGGAAAUAAUAUUCUACAUUUAGCUGCCAUCAAGCCAGCACAAAAUCGACUCAAUAUUGUCUCAGGAGCAGCUCUUCAGAUGCAAAGAGAACUACUUUGGUUUAAGGAAGUAAAAUCUAGAGUGAGUCCAACUGACAGAAGACAGGUGAACAAUGAUAAUAAAACUCCUCAAGAACUCUUCACUGAGCAGCACGCAGACCUGAUGGAGAAAGGGGAAAAAUGGAUGAAAGAAACAGCAGCUCAGUGCAUGAUUGUUGCGGCCCUUAUAGCCACAAUUAUGUUUGCAGCUGCUUUUACUUUACCUGGUGGCAACAAUAGUGAAGAUGGGCAUCCAAUAUUUUUGAAGAGGAGCGCCUUCAUCGUGUUUGCAGUGACAGACGCCAUAUCAUUAUGCACCUCUUCAGCUUCCAUACUUGUCUUCUUAGCCAUUCUCACUGCACGAUAUACAGAAAAUGAUUUUCUGGCAUCUUUACCUUUAAAAUUGAUGGUGGGACUCGUAACGCUGUUUAUUUCAAUUGCUACAAUGAUGGUUGCUUAUGGCGCGAGUUUCUUCCUACUUUACCCAAGAAGUAUGAAAUGGAUACCUAUACUAGUGACUGUAUUAGCUGGUCUGCCUGUUAUUUCGUUUGCUGGGCUACAAUUUGGUCUACUUUUUGAUGUGAUCAAUUCGACAUUUAAUUCCAGGCAUCUGUUUAGGCCUAAGAAACAUAUGCUGUACUAGCAGAAUUUGAGAAUGCACCAUUGAUCACUUGAUGAAAUGUUUUACUUAUCCGAGUUCCACACA